AUGGAUAAGAAUCAUUUGCAAACAACAAUUAAUCAUAAUAUAAAUCAACCGUUGUCACCGACGAUCAUUACCAUACCAAAUAAUGAUACACGUCUAUACGAAACUGACCGUUUUCGUCAAGAACGUGCAUCAACAAAUAUCCUUUCCGAUUUACCGCGUUCACGUAAUCUUGAAGAAACUGACGAGAACGAAUUACCAUAUCCCGGCUUUGUGGAAACUGUUUUCUAUUGCCUUAAACAAACUAGUACACCACGAUAUCAAUGCUUACGUAUCAUAACAUGGCCAUGGUUCGAACGGAUCAGUAUGUUCGUUAUUCUACUCAAUUGUAUAACACUUGGAAUGUAUCAACCAUGUGAACAUCUUUUGGGUCUUCAAGGUACAAAGAAAUGUGAUACAGCGCGUUGUAUUUGGUUACAAGCAACGGAUUAUUUUAUAUUUGCAUUUUUUACUAUUGAAAUGUGUAUCAAAAUGACAGCUAUGGGCAUAUUUGGUAAAGGAACGUAUUUAGCUGAUACAUGGAACCGGUUAGAUUGUUUUAUUGUUGUUACUGGUCUAAUCGAGUCAGUUAUUCCAGGUGAUAAUCUAAGUUUAUCAGCAAUUCGUACGAUUCGUGUUCUUCGUCCAUUACGUGCGAUUAAUCGUGUCCCAUCCAUGCGUAUACUGGUCAUGUUACUACUUGAUACAUUGCCAAUGCUUGGAAAUGUUUUACUUCUUUGUUUUUUCGUCUUCUUCAUCUUUGGUAUUGUUGGUGUACAAUUGUGGAAAGGUCUAUUACGCAAUCGUUGUUUUCUACAACCAAACAUAACGACCGAAUUCGACCAUCCAUUGUUCAAAGAUUUUCAAUAUCGACCGUUCUAUAUGCCACCGGAUCAAGAUUCAUUCGUUUGUUCGCAUCCACAGUCGAAUGGAAUGACGAAAUGCUCCGAAAUACCCAAAUUACGAAAAGGAAAUCUCACGUGUGAAUUGGAUUUCUAUACAGUUAAAAAAGAAAUCUCCGAAGAUCCAAAUAAAUCAAUUAAUGGUUGUAUUAAUUGGAAUCAGUAUUACAAAUUCUGUAAUGUCUCUGAUAAAAAUCCCUAUUCCGGUUCGAUUAGUUUUGAUAAUAUUGGAUUAGCUUGGGUUGUUAUUUUUCAAAUAAUCAGUCUGGAAAGUUGGGUGAAUAUAAUGUAUUAUAUUCAAGAUGCUCAUUCAUUUUGGGAUUGGAUUUAUUUUGUUUGUUUGAUUGUUAUUGGCUCGUUUUUUAUGAUUAAUUUAUGCCUUGUGGUUAUCGCCACGCAAUUCAGCGAAACGAAAAAACGUGAAACGGAAAGAAUGCUGGCUGAACGACGACGUUUUUCCCGCUCAUCAAGCACGUUACUAAGCGAUGAGCCGGGUUCGUGUUGGGAAGAAACAAUCAAAUAUGUCGAACGUCUGUGGAAACAUGGGCAGAAACGGUUGCAUAUAUAUUGGAAGAAUUAUCGUGAAAAACACCCGAAAGCCAGUAAAAAACGUUCAGUUGAAAUGAAGAAACGUCGUCGAAGGGAAAAACUCAAUAAUCGAUCAACGCCGACUGAAGGAUGUGUCAAUUCAAGUUUAUACGAGAACUCAUCUAUUUUGCCAACAGUUCAUAUCAAUCAUCAGCCGAACUGUCGAUAUCAUCAAUUGACUGAUUCGAUGUCUUUCCCCACACCUCCUUCGCUUUGUCCGUCAUUUGCUGACGCACCUGCAGCUAGUCCGGAACAAUCUGAUAUCAUCGAUCCAAUUCACACGCCGAAUGCAAUAAUCGAUAUCGAAAGUGUUCCACAAUUACCUUUGAUCACAACUGAACUUGACAAUACAUUGACGUUGAAUAAUUCACCGGUCAAAUUCGAAGACAGUCCAUGCAAUUGCGUUCAUAAAAAUGAUAUUACUAUUCAUUCGGAUGAUCAGGAUGAUGACGAAGAGUCUGAUGAAGAAUAUCAUCAUGUUAAAACAAAAUCGAAAUUUUCUAUAUGCUGUGAUCGAUACAUUUGGUCGCGUUUUCUCGUCGUUCGAAAACAUGUUUCAAAUUUCGUCGCUAGUAAAUACUUUCGCCGCAUCGUCCUCUCCGCAAUCGUCGUCAAUACCUUAUCGAUGGGCAUCGAGUAUCACGGUCAACCCAUAGAAUUAACCAAUGCAUUGGAAUAUAGUAACCUAGUCUUUACUUCCCUAUUCGCAAUCGAAAUGGUUUUGAAAAUCAUCGCCGAUGGAUGUUUGAAAUACAUCAAAAGUGCUUAUAAUUUAUUCGAUGGCGGAAUUGUUUUAAUGAGCGUGAUUGAAUUACAAGGAAACAAGAAUAGUGGUUUAUCGGUGUUGCGAACAUUUCGACUAUUACGAGUAUUGAAAUUAGUGAGAUUUAUGCCAACAUUACGAAGGCAAUUGGUUGUUAUGCUUAAAACAAUGGAUAAUGUCGCGACAUUCUUCUCCUUGUUGUUACUAUUUAUCUUCAUCUUUAGUAUUCUUGGUAUGCAUUUGUUUGGCGGUGAAUUUUCGACAAUUGAAGCAUUGAAUUUAACGUCCAGACAAGAAAUAAAAAUGAAAUGUCGAUGUUGUACAUGUAGUGAAUAUGAAAUCUUGAAAAAGAGUACAAAUCUCAAAGAUUUGACUUGUGUGGAACAGAGAAAAAACUUCGAUACAUUAACCGGGGCAGUUCUAACUGUCUUUCAGGUGUUGACUCAAGAAGACUGGAACGAAGUCCUUUAUAAUGGAAUGGAAAAAACAAGUGCUUGGGCAGCUUUAUAUUUCAUUGCAUUGAUGACAUUUGGAAACUAUGUUUUGUUUAAUCUAUUAGUUGCUAUUCUUGUCGAAGGAUUCUCCACCGAAAAAGGAAGCGGUGCUUCGGAAGCGGGAAGCAGUACUGAUAGAUUAGCCAGAGCAGAUCCAUUCAAAACACAAGCGCUCUUUACCGGUGAUAUUGAAGUACCAGCAAACCCACACGAACUGAUCACGGACGAAAAUGCUAGUAAUAAAGAAACUAAACUUCCACGAACUCGCGAAGUAAAAAUCAUGAGCAUCCCACGAAUUGCCAUCAGUAACGAGGAUGAUGCUAGUUUACGUAUUCUCGAAAAUCGACCACGUAUCCAUACGUUUUCAAACUCAACUGCGUCGCCAUAUAAAUCAAUCAUUAAAACACGUUCGUCCCAACCUCAAUCGCCGUCAUCAUCGAUGACUAGUCAAAGCUUUCACACAUGUUUCGGAUCAACACAAAACGAAUCGUUUGAGCAAUCGACAGACUUUUCCGUGCCGUUGAAACGAAGUUAUACAAUAGCUGUUGUUAAAAAUCCUCUUGAUAAUACUAUACGGAAGCGGCCAGCGAGUUUUCACAAACCUCGACCAUAUUCAACUGUCGAGGGCAACUCCUCUCCACACGAAAACUUUCUAAAUCCUGAACGACCAUUAAGAAAACGUUCCAGUACUCAGGAAGAGACAUUGACCGAUUCCCGACGAUCAGCAAUAGAUGAAUCGUCCAAUCCUAUUGUACAGAUGGAAACACCGAGCUUGUACGGUACACCUGAACAUCACGAACAACCGUCAGUCUCAGAUAAUUCAAUACGACUUGUCGUUGAUACGGACUCUACAAUGCAAGCAAUUAUCAAUGAUCAAAGCGAUAUGCAAGUAGAUGAAACAGGAAAAGAAAAAUCUCAAAAGAGAAUAGGACUGGGUCGUUUAUGCUGCAUUCGCAUCUGUAAUGAACAAUUCUUCAGAUAUCUCGAGAAACGAAACGAUUAUUCACUUUAUCUGUUCUCCCCUUUAAAUCGAUUUCGACAAUUCUUAAAACGUUUAAUCGUGAGAAAAUCAUUCGACUAUGCAAUUCUCUUCUUCAUCGCACUCAAUUGUAUCACACUCGCCAUGGAACGUCCGUCAAUUCCAGCACACAGCACCGAACGAUAUUUCUUGAACAUUACAAAUUACAUAUUCACAGUGAUAUUUUCCAUUGAAAUGAUGACAAAAGUGAUCGCUUGCGGGUUGUUGUGGGGACCAAAUGCUUAUCUCCAUACAGGAUGGAAUGUUAUGGAUGGUUCACUAGUGAUCAUAUCAAUCGUUGAUUUAUUAACAAUGCAUCGGGGACCAAUGCCGGCAACACCAACACACAUGCCGAACGUUGAGUCGGAUGCAGCAACACGAAUAUUUAGCAUGCUGAGAGUUUUUCGUCUCUUACGAACAUUACGACCGCUGAGAGUCAUCAGCCGUGCACCAGGUCUUAAACUCGUAGUACAAACAUUGAUGUCAUCGCUGAGACCUAUCGGUCAUAUUGUUGUUAUUUGUUGUACAUUCUUCAUCAUCUUUGGUAUCUUGGGUGUUCAACUUUUCAAAGGCAAAUUCUACUACUGUGAAGGUCUAUUUGCUCGUAAUGUUACAACGCGUCAACAAUGCCUUGAUAUGCCCGAUCAUCGUUGGAAAAACCAGCAAUACAAUUUCGAUAAUUUAGGUCAAGCAUUACUUGCUCUAUUCGUUUUAUCCUCACGUGAUGGUUGGGUACAAAUCAUGUAUAAUGGCAUCGAUGCUGUUGAUGUUGAUCGGCAACCGAUAAGAAAUUAUAAUGAAGCGAAAUUGGUGUAUUUCAUUUCAUUUCUAUUACUUGUUGGUUUCUUUGUUUUGAACAUGUUCGUCGGUGUCGUUGUGGAAAACUUUCAUAAAUGCCGUGCUGAGCAAGAACGAGAAGAAAAGGCACGACGAACAGCUAAACGUGCGAAGAAAAUCGAACGGAAACGACGACGGAUGAGAGAGAUACCAUAUUACGCACAUUUCUCGCCCUGGAGAAGACGUUUACAUGAUAUAUGUAGUAGUAAAUAUUUUGAUUUAAUUAUCGCCGCUGUUAUUGGUUUAAAUGUUGUGACAAUGUCAUUAGAAUUCUAUUUAAUGCCACAAGAAAUCGAUACGGCGUUAGAUUAUUGUAAUUUCGUGUUUACUAGUGUUUUUAUACUGGAAUCCAUCUCGAAAAUCAUCGCUUUAGGACCAUUGCGUUAUUUCAAAGAGAAAUGGAAUCAGUUGGACACAGUCAUCGUUGUUCUGUCAAUAGCGGGUAUUGUGAUGGAGAAAAUGAAAAGUGGACAAGUACUUCCAAUCAAUCCAACACUGAUACGUGUGAUGAGAGUAAUGAGAAUUGCGCGAGUGCUUAAAUUAUUGAAAAUGGCGAAAGGCAUUCGAGCCUUACUCGAUACAGUCAUUCAAGCUCUUCCUCAAGUUGGAAAUUUGGGUCUUUUAUUUUUCCUUCUUUUCUUCAUAUUCGCCGCACUCGGCGUGGAAUUAUUUGGUAAAUUAGAAUGUAGUGAUGAACGUCCGUGUAAUGGACUUGAUAAACAUGCACAUUUCAAAGACUUCGGUAUGGCAUUUUUAACAUUGUUUCGUAUUGCAACUGGUGAUAAUUGGAACGGAAUUAUGAAGGAUGCACUUCGUCAGGAUGACUCACCACAUGCUACCAAAAAUCAUUUUAUGACUGCUAUAGCUCCAGUUUAUUUUGUUAUUUUCGUUCUUAUGGCUCAAUUCGUUCUUGUCAAUGUUGUCGUUGCUGUCUUAAUGAAGAAGCUUGAUGAAUCCAAUCGUAUGCUGGCCGAUGAUGCAGAAAUCGACGAAGAAAUCGAACGGCAGCUAGAAGCGGAUGCACAAGAUCGAAACUAUGCCGAACAUCCCUUACUCGAUGACAAAGAACUUGAUUUUCUCAAUGAGAAUAACAUGCACUUUUUUCCAUUGACAAAACAAUUAUCAUUACCACCAAAUUUCACAUUUCAUUCGAUCGUCGGAGUAACGGACGAAGAUGAACAGCAAGGCAAAUCUAGAUCAUUAACGAAAACUUCUUCGUUAUCAACAAUCACUAUUUCAAAAUCGAACGAUUUCCUCACAAAAAUUAGUCUAGCCAACGAUGUUCAUUCUUCAUCAAGCACCCAUACGAGCACACUCACAUUACAUCGCACAAGUCCGACAAUUUCUCAUCAUCGUUCCAAUACAGUUCCGACUCGUCUGCGAAGAACGAAUGAGAAUCAGCAACAGACACAUCUCUUCCCAACUUACAAACGAAAUCAUAAUCGACAAUCCGCUCGUUCGUCAUUACAAUACUCGCAGCGUUCUAUUCACAAUGAUACCGAUGAUAAUCAACCUCUAUCAAGUGGUAUGAUCAUUAACAGAAAGAUACAUCAAUAA